CGCACUGACAGUUAUAUGCAAAAUUUUCCCGAGAAAAUUAACAAGAAAGUUUUUCCUUUAUGCCCAUUCCUUUCUCCUCCGAAAUUCAUCUUCUAAAAAUGUUUCGAUUUUCGCUAAUCUUAUUGAUCUCGAUCUCGUCGAUUAUCUAUGAAUCUUCGAGCUCCUCGAUCAUCAAUCCCUCUAAAGCCAAGCAAGUUUCAUGGAAACCCAGAGCUUUUGUCUACGAGGGUUUUCUCACAGACGAAGAGUGCAAUCAUUUGAUAUCUAUAGCGAAAACGGAGCUGAAAAGAUCAUCGGUUGCUGAUAAUGUUUCGGGAAAGAGCAAGCUCAGCCAGGUUCGAACUAGCUCUGGGAUGUUCAUCAGUAAAGCAAAGGAUCCUAUUGUUUCUGGAAUAGAGGAGAAGAUUGCAAUGUGGACCUUCCUACCUAAAGAAAAUGGGGAAGCAAUACAAGUUUUGAGAUAUGAGCAUGGCCAGAAAUAUGACCCACACUACGAUUAUUUUCUUGACAAGGUUAAUGUUGCAAGGGGUGGACAUCGCAUAGCAACUGUGCUAAUGUAUCUUAGUGAUGUGGCUAAAGGUGGUGAAACAGUGUUCCCCUCGGCAGAGCAGGAGGCUCCUCAUCACAGUUCUACAUCAGAUGACGACUUGUCUGAGUGUGCAAAGAAGGGUAUUGCAGUAAAACCACGAAAAGGGGAUGCUCUCCUUUUCUUCAGUUUCCACCCAACUGCUAUUCCAGAUCCUCUGAGUCUUCAUGGAGGAUGCCCAGUGAUAGAGGGUGAGAAGUGGUCAGCAACAAAAUGGAUCCACGUAGAUUCUUUUGACAUGGUCGUGAGACACGGAGGUAAUUGCACGGAUGGGAAUGAGAAUUGUGAGAGAUGGGCUGCCUUAGGGGAAUGCACCAAGAAUCCAGAGUACAUGGUGGGAACUCCGGAACUUCCAGGAUACUGCAGGAGGAGCUGCAGGAUAUGUUAGCGUGUGAAUCCAUGCUUUCGAGGUACAACAGUCUGUUGUAUUGUUCCACUUUUCAUUCUUAACUCAAAUUUUGUUCCUCUGUGAAAGCUGUCAUUGUUACUCAUUUUGAAAUGUUAGCAAUCCUUGCCGUUAUAAGCAUUUUUUUUUUUUUUGGUACCAAGCAUGUUAAUUCCUGUUCAUUUUGGUUUUGAACCAUCUUCCCCCCUUAUUGAGAUGGUGCAGAGAUUCGUGACCUGAAAUUUGGAUAGUUUUGAUGUGAAACUAAUGACGUGAAAUGUUAGCAUUUUUAUGUGCCA